UUUUGUCAAAUUAAUUCUUUCAAAUUAAACUAAUUCAAUUUUUCUCUCGUGAUAAUUACAAUUAAUUCUUAUUGUUCUUCUUCUUCUUCUUCUCCUUUAUCAUCGUUUAUUUUGGUGUUCAACUUUCGGCAAUAUUUGAUUCGAGUACUUAUGUAAUUUGUUUCAUUUUGUUUUUCUGUGGAACAUUUUGAUUGGAGAAAUUUGCUCAUUUCUUAUUUUGUAACGUUUUCAUUUGGUUGUAUUUGAUUUUGUUUUUCUUCUCACUCUCUCCCUCAUAUUAUCUUCAUCUGGUCAAAAAUAGUGAAAUAUCUUCAACAUGAGUGGAUCAAGUAUAAAAAAUCGUUCAAUCACAUCAACCCAACGAUUGAAAAGAGAUUAUCUUAAAAUAUUGAAAGAUCCUGUUCCUUAUGUUUCUGCUCAUCCACUUCCAGAUAAUAUAUUAGAAUGGAAUUACGUUAUUCGUGGACCUGAAGGUUCACCUUAUGAAGGUGGAAUCUACCAUGGUAAACUACGAUUUCCAGCUGAUUUUCCAUUUAAACCACCGACCAUUUUAAUGUUAACUCCAAGUGGACGUUUCAAGUGUAAUACACGAUUAUGUUUAUCUAUCUCAGACUAUCACCCAAAUACCUGGAAUCCAACUUGGAGUGCAUCAACUAUAUUAACUGGUCUAUUGAGCUUUAUGUUAGAAAAAAAUCCAACCAUGGGCUCAAUUGAUACACCUGAUUGGAAGAAAAGGAGCUACGCUCGUGAAAGCUGGUCAUUUAAUUUGAAUAACAACGAAUUUUGCCAAUUAUUUCCAGAACUUGCUUCCGAAGCUCGUGAACGAAUUCAAAAGGAGCAACAAUCUGCUGAUGGUUUAUCAUCAGUUUCCGAAAGAGUUGCUGGUUUAAGAAAUUCAAUUGGAUCAACUGCUGCAGGAUUAAGAGCUGAAAAUGGCUCCCUUACCGGUGCCUUGACGAAUAUCGGUGUUGUAAUAGGUUUCAUUGCGUUCGUUUAUACCGCUAGAUAUGUUUUAAGAGCUUUAAGUGCAGCUGAUCACGAUCCGUCCUCCUAAUUGUUGUUAUCACAUUUCAGAGAUCAUUAUAAUUCCAACUUCAGUUGCAUCAUUUUCCUCUCUCACUCUCUUAUCAUUUAAAUUUCUUUCUUGUUGUUUUGCUUUUCUCUCUUUCUCUCUUCUUCCUCUUUUACCAGUGUCAUGUUUCCUCUUGUUUCUCCCUCUCUCUCUCUCUGUCUCUUUUGUUCAUCUCAUCAUCAAUUCAGUUGUUUCCUCUUUAUCUAAAUUGUUAAAUCAAUUCACAAUCCAAGAAAUAUUCACAGUAUAUAAUUUUAAAAGAAAACUGUCAAAAUAAAGUCAUAUACCUUUCAAAAAUGA